AUGAUGGCAGCUAGCGCCACGGCCUCCGCCCCGCUGGCGGCUGGCUGUAAGCGCCUGCACGGCCAGCGCUCGGCGUCUUUCGACGCAGACGCGUCGCCGCCGGGCGUGCUGCGCAGGAGGAGCGGCGCGCAGUCCUCCUCGUGGUCGUCGGGCGACACUCUUGGCGCCCUUCUCGACAGCGGCCGCCCGUCCUUCCAUGGGGCGGACUCGGGCAGCGAUGACGGGCGCUCGUCGGCGUCGACGCUCUCCUUCGAGGGCGGCAUGCGCAGCGCCGGCGAGAUGAGCGCGCUCUUCGGAUCUCUGUUCAGCGUCGUUGACGCGAACGGGUCUCCGGCGAGCAGCGUCUCCAGCUCAGGGCAGACGGUGGUGAAGGAGCUGCUGGAGGAGCAGGCGGCGGCGAGCAGGCGGGCGGUUGAGCGCGCCGCCAAGCGCGACAAGCGCGAGACCGACGCGUGGAGCCCCGACGAGGACAUUCUCAUUCUCAAGCUCUCACUCAUUGCCAACUACGAAGUACUAACGAAGUAA